GGGAAUGGCACCUGAGGCAGCAUCACCAGCCCUGCUCAAACCAAGGGCUUUCUGCUUUUUGCCUCUCUGAUGGCAAAGCCCAGUAGCCAGAUGGAGAAGGAAGCAGGACUGGUUUGACAGAAUUUGUGAUGAAUUGGUUCUGGCUGUUCCCAUCUCCCCGUAGUGCUGCUGGUGCUGUCCCUGGCUGCUGCAGGGCAAGGAGAUGCCAACUUGCCCUUGGCAUGGUGGGGACGCAUGUGUGAGUCGCUCCUUGUGCCCUGGUGCUGCACCCUGGCAGGGUGGGACACCCCUUCAGCCACCCACACCGAGUGGCAGUGGUCAGCUGGCACAAGGCUGAGCGUGCAUGUGGGACCCCACCACAAUGGCCAUGCUCCUGCACUGGCACCACUAGCAUCUGUGUGGGCCCUGCCAAUGCCCCCCAUGGCUGCAGCCCCCCUGCCAUGGGGACAGUGCCGCUGGGCCAUACAGAGCAGACCUGGCACACAUCGGUGCCAGGCACCACAGGGCAGACUGGAGCCAGAGGAGCCACCCCAUGCCCCAUGCUCCCAUGUGCCUGCAGUGCCCACCAGCCUGCCCUACCUGCCUUGCCCUUCUUGCCCCAUUUGGGGGCCUCCCUGCUUUCUCAGGGGUUGUUUUUCUUCCUACUCCAGCCUCCCAGUGUGCCGGUAGCCACAAGGGCAGGACGUGCCACCUAUCUGAUAGGAGCAGUCUCUCUUGGCACUGCGGCUGGUGGUGGAGGGGCCGCGGCACAGUGGUUUCAGGCACGGGGAAGUACUGGCGAUGGGGUGGGGGGAGCCUCCAGCCAGGCUUCCUGAGCUGCACAGCCACCACUUCCCAGAUAAAGGUAUCACCCGGAGGAGUCACAGCAGCUCCUGGGGCACUGGGAAGGGCUGAGCAAGGCACACGCAGCCCCGGCACACAGGGUGUGGGAUGGCAGCCCGCCUGUGCCGGGGCUGGCUGCUCUCGCUGCUCCCUGCCACCCUGCUCAGCCUCCACAGCCUGACGUUGGCCCCCGAGCCGGUGACAUCCCAAGACGCUGCGCUGCUGGCAGGGGUGCCUGAGGACAUCCUCUGCUUCUCCCGCUCCUUUGAGGACCUCACCUGCUUCUGGGAUGAGGAGGAGGAGGUGGCAAGCAGGACAUGCCACUUCUACUACUGGUACAGCAGGGACGCGCCCAAGGCAUGCACGCUCUCCACGUGGCGCCACGGGGCCAGCAGGAUGCGGCACGUCUGCAUCUUCCCCGGCCAGGACGUGCGGCUUUUCACCCAGCUCCACCUCUGCGUCCUGGAUGCCACCACCAACCAGACCAAGUAUUGGCGGGAGCUCAGCGUGGACGCGGUGGGUCUCAUCGCCCCCCCAGUGAACAUCAUGGCCCGCUGGGCCGGGGCUGCAGGGCAGCUCCAUGUGUCGUGGCAGCCGCCACUCGCCGACUACCUGAACUUCUUCCUCUAUGAGGUGCGGUGCUGCCCUGCCAGCUCGCCAGAGACUCCCUGCAGUACCGGCUUGGACCCCAGCAGGCAGCGCCCCCGGGACCCCUCCAGCCAGCCAGCCAGCAGCACCCACGCAUCCACAGUGGGGACAGCUGCAGCUUCCCCAGAAGCAGGCCAGGGCCUGGUUGAGGCCAACACCUGGGUGAUCCUCCGGGACCUGCAGCCGGGGGUGAGGUACCACAUCCAGGUGCGCAGCAAGCCUGACGGCAUCUCCAUGGAUGGUGUCUGGGGGCCUUGGUCACAGGCAGUGGCUGCGGAGACACCCCGCUCCCCUGGAGACAUUGGGCUGUGCUGCAGCACCCCUGACCUGCAGCAUGUGCGCUGUGAGUGGAGCUGGGACCCCGCAGAGCCCCACGGCUCCCACCAGCUCUUCUACCAGGCAUCUCCGAGCGGGGCCAGCACAAGGGAAGACGGAUGGCAGCAGUGUGAGGAGGUGAGUGUGGGGGCACAGGGCACCCACUCCUGCACCUUCCAGCCCCAGGCUGGCAGCGCCAUCUCUGUCCUGGUGAAUGUCACCCAGCCUCACAGGCUGCCCACACUCAGCUACUUCAAGGAACCCUUCUGGCUGCACCAGGCUGUGCUCACAGAUGCCCCGCAGCUCACGCAGGCGACGGUGUCGCAGGGCCAGCUGAGCCUGCAGUGGCUGCCACCCCUGGAGGCACUUGCGGAGCAUCUGGACUACCAGGUCCGCUAUGCUGUGGAGAACAGCUAUGACUGGAAGGUCCUGCAGGUCCCGCGGGCAGCCAGGAAAGAAGUCCUGGACCUACGACCAGGUGCCCGCUACUGCGCCCAGGUGCGGGCGCAGCCCAGCGGGCCAUGGUACCAGGGCAGCUGGAGCGCCUGGUCCAAACCUGCCGUGGUAGAUGCCACGGCUGAUGCGGGCUGGAUCAUCCCGAGCGUUACGGUGGUGCCGCUGCUCUUCACAGGAGUGCUCCUGGGGCUGCGGUGCACCUUCCCCUCACUCUACAGCAACGUGAAGCAGAAGCUAUGGCCCCCCGUCCCUGACCUGCACCGCGCACUGGGCAGCUUCCUCCACGAGAGCAGCAAGCACGGGCAGGCCAACGCCUUCUACAAGCAGCCGCCGGAGGAGGCCGUCCUGCCCUGCCUGCUGGAGGUGCUGCCCGGCCCGCGGGGGGAGGCGGCCGCGCCGCCCCCGCCGCCGGGGCACGCUGCCGGCCGCCUGCCCAGCACCGACAUCGCCAACCAGUCCUACCUGCUCAUGAGCGGCUGGGAGCCGCGCGGGCCACCCUGAGCCGCGCCCCCCGCCGCCACAUAAACAAAUCGAACAGCCA